ACUUCUUUUUAUUUUUUUGAUGGGAUACUUCUUUUUAAUAAUUUAUAUUAUUAUUAAUAUAUUUUAGUAAUGCAAUCGCUACUUUUUCCAAACACGCAUACUAUUAUCCGUUACUUUGAUAGCUAACAUCUACCCACUACUGAUUGACAGCUAGUCGCUACCUUAACAGUUACCCGUUACUCAACCGCUAAAAGGUACCCACUACGGAGCUUUACUAAACUGGACCUUAAUGCAUUAUUUAAGUUAUUCUUGCUUCAUUUACUAUAAAUAAGUAAAUAACCGUAUUGAUUUUCACUUCAAAACCAUCAACCCUAAGAGAAUUAAAAAAAAAAAAAAAAAAAAAAAAGACCAUUCAUAGCUAUACCUCCAUUAAUCCAUAAACUAACCACUCAACAAUGGAGGCACCAACUUGGGCAACGUAUUUUCUCGCAUCGCUAGCGGCAAUAGCCAUAGUACUCCUUACUAAUCACCUUUGCCGUCGUAAACUUAACCUACCACCCGGCCCUAAACCAUGGCCUAUCAUUGGGAACUUCAAUCUCAUUGGGUCACUUCCCCAUCGUUCUAUCGACAAACUCUCUAAGAAAUAUGGGCAUGUAAUGAUGCUCAAAUUUGGGUCAGUCCCAGUGUUAGUAGGCUCAUCCGUAGAAAUGGCAAAGAUUAUCCUAAAAACGAAUGAUGAAAUCUUUGCCGGAAGGCCUAGAAUUGCUUCCGGAAAGUAUACAACAUAUAACUAUUAUGAUAUAACAUGGUCUCAAUAUGGUCCAUAUUGGCGUCUAGCUAGAAAAAUUUGCUUGAUGAAACUUUUUAGCUCCAAGAGGCUCGAAUCAUACGAGUACAUACGCAUAGAAGAACUUAAUUCCUUCUUAAGAUGUAUAUUUAACACUAAUGAAGAAUCCAUUUUGUUGAAAGAUUACCUCUUUACUUUGAACUUAAACGUGAUUAGUAGAAUGGUGUUAGGAAAAAAAUACACGGGAAAAAAUGAAGAAGAAAAAUUGAUUGUAACACUAAAGGAAUUUAAGUCAAUGGUUGAUGAAUGGUUCUUUUUAAAUGGGGUAUUGAAUCUUGGAGAUUGGAUCCCUUGUUUAAAGUAUAUGGAUGUUCAAGGUUAUGAGAAGAGGAUGAAGAUUUUAGGUAAGAAAUUUGAUAGGUUUUUGGAGCAUGUAUUGGAUGAACAUAAUGCUAGAAGGGAAAUUGAGAAGGAAAAUUGGGUCCCAAAAGAUAUGGUGGAUGUAUUAUUACAACUUGCUGAUGAUCCUAAUAAUGAAGUUAAGCUUGAAAGAAUUGGAGUCAAGGCAUUCACUCAGGAAUUACUUGCUGGAGGUACAGAGAGUUCAACAACAACAAUUGAGUGGGCAAUGUCUGAACUCAUAAGAAGGACGGACAUCAUAGCUAAGGCUAGAGAGGAGAUGGACCAAGUGAUAGGAAGGGAAAGAUGGGUCCUAGAGAAAGAUAUACAAAACUUGUCUUAUGUUUGCGCAAUAGUAAAGGAAACAAUGAGAUUGCACCCAGUAGCACCUUUGCUCGCGCCUCACCUAGCAAGGGAGCAAGUUAAUAUUAAAGGUUAUGAUAUCCAUAAGGGUUCCGUUGUGUUUGUAAAUACUUUCACCAUACAAAGAGACCCUAAGGUGUAUGAAAGGCCAGAUGAAUUUUGGCCUGAAAGAUUUAUUGGGAAAAAUAUAGAUGUCAAAGGUCACAAUUUUGAGUUGUUGCCUUUUGGAUCGGGGAGAAGGAUGUGCCCAGGGUAUAAUCUUGGCCUUAAAGUUAUUGAGACAAGUUUGGCUAAUCUUCUUCAUGGUUUUGCAUGGAAAUUGCCUAAUAACAUGAAGCCUCAAGAUUUGGAUAUGGAUGAGGUUUAUGGUCUCUCAAAUCCUAAAAAGAUUCCUCUUAGUGUUUGUGCUGAGCCUCGACUUUGUCGCCAUAUUUACCAUACUUGAAAAUUUAAAUUUUUAAUAUUGAACCUUAAUUACCUCAAGUUAGGUUUGAGGUAGGUCGUAGCCUGAUAGUUAAGGCCUUUUGAUUCGUGUUCUUGUUUAAAUUAAAUCAAAGUGUGUAAGUUAUGGUAAUGGUAAAUGUUAAAGUUAUAUGUGAGUAUAUUUUGUUAUCAUAA